AAAACGGUAGUGUAUUUCAACAAACGUAUAAAAGCUGAGGAAGUAGACUUGUCCGAUGUCAACUUGCCCUGAUAUGCAAAUUCAGUCGACAAUAUGUAAUAUUUUUCAUGACUUAAAUAGCAAUCGACAAGAAGUGCUAUAAGCAGUCAUGCCAGCUCAGCCUGCUGCCAGAGAGCCAGAGGAGGAGAUGGAGACGGAGGCCGACUCUGAGGUUCCUCAAACUAACGGUGAGGUGGAGGAGGAGCGGGAGAGAGAGAGGGGAGAGGCUGAGGAAACGAUGGAGGAGAGCGGAGAGGAACGGGACAGCGACCUGGAGGACAGUGAGGCAGAGGAAGAAGAGGAGGAAGAGGAAGAGAGUUCAGAAAUGGAUGAUGAAGAUUGUGAGAGAAGACGAUCACAGUGCCUGGAUGAAAUGUCUGACCUGGAAAAACAAUUCCUGGAGUUAAAAGACAAGCUUUUUCAAGAACGUCUGAACCAGGUUAAGAUGAAGCUGGAAGAGGUCUUGACAGGAAAGGCAGCAGAGUACAGAGAACCUCUGGCAACCCUGCAGCAGAACCUGCAGCAGAGGACACAAGUGGCAGAUUUUUUUCCUCUGAACCACGGAGCAGUGAGUGACGAGCACGGUGUGUACAGAGAACUAUGUCUGCAAGUGGUCCAGCACAAACAUGAAUGUGAAGUGCAGGGGGCAAAACAACAUUUAGAGAGUGAGAGGACACUCUUGUUUGAUGCCAUGAAAACAGAACUGCUGGAGAAGAUCCGCAGACUGGAGGAGGACAAACAGAGUUCAGAAAAGAGAAGCCGCCAGUGUCCCAAGAUGGCGCUGACAUCUUGCACUAAUUACGUUGUUCGGAGCCCGAGUCUGCACAGUAGUGAGUGUGAAGUGGAGCCACGGUAUCAAGAAUGGUGGAAUGAUGACGAGAAGAUAAAGAAGUGUAAGAGAAGAAGUCACCUGAUUCGCUCAGACAGGAAGAAGAAGGCAGCUCUUGUGUCAGGGCCAUACAUAGUGUAUAUGCUAAGAGACAUUGAUAUACUGGAGGACUGGACGGCCAUCAAGAAGGCAAAAGCGGCACUGAUGCCUCUGAAGAAGAAAGCAGACAACAGGCAGGUGUCCGUACGCUGUGAAGAUGGGGCUCUCUUCUAUGAUGGAGAGAGAUUCUCCAAAGGCAGCAGUGUCGUUCUAGAAGUCAAUGACAACAGCCCAGCACAGGUCGUAAUAACAGGGAUCAGCGCAGGAGAGGUCUGGUUCAAGCGCACAGAUGGCACCAAAACCAAAAUCUACGUCUCCCAACUUCAGAAAGGCAAACACGCCAUACGAAAAGCUUAAGAAGAUAUAAACGUAACACUCAGAGAGUGUGUGAACCUUCCCUUUAAUAAUUAUCAAACACACAAAUUUACCAACACCUUUAGAACAGCUUAUGAAAUCCAAUCUAAUGCUAUGCAGUGGUGUUGAUCAGACCAGAGGAUGUUUAUUAUGUGCAGUGACAUGAUCUCAGAUCAGUCUUGGCCUUUCAAAUACAUAUUUCAUAAUGAAUAUGAUAAUAAGGCGGAUCUGGUCCCAGAUCAACACUGUUAACAUCAAGUAGGCAAUUUUUGGUGCAGCUGAUGUUUAUUAAUUAAUACAAACACAACAUGGACAUUCAAUAACUGUUGACCAAAUGCUAAUAGACCUUAUGAAGCCUUUCUUUACCGUAAUACUUUCCUCACACUGAAUACAUUCAUAAUGCUAACCGUAUAUGAAGUGUGAUGCACACUCAGAUCAUUUUGGGUUUGUUUGUUUAUCUUUGCCAUUUAAAAUGAUUAUAAAAGUCAAUUUCAUGUACACUAAAAACACCACACAGGCAAAAAUGACUGCACUCACAUCAAAUCUUUUUUCUCAAACUGCUUCUUUAAACUGAUCUUGGAUCUGUUUUAAUAGCUAAGAGUUUAUAUUUUAGAAAGAUCAGGUCUCAGUGAAAAGCACUGUCUGUACCCAGAACACAGAAAAACACAAUCAAACACCUAUAAUUGCACUCAGAAAGAGAAGAGAUGUAACAGAUUUUUUUCCAGUACAUUUUGAAAGACUUGUUGUAAUACAUCGUAUUUAUAGACAUCUGUAAAGUGAUUUGAAACAGAGGGUGCUUUUUAAGACUUAUUUAUGAAGUGUUCAAGAUAACCAUGUAUUUAUAACAAGAAGCAUUAUUAAAAUCUAAACUUUUAUUACA